UAUUCAACACUUCACAUCCAUUCUCUCUACAUGUUAUGUUACUUACACACAAGAAACACAAAAAUAUCCAACACAUAAUUAACCAACCAUGGUGGAAAGAAUAAACCAAGAAGAAGAAGAAAACAAAAGAAGAAGCAUGAAGAAACUCCUUCUAAUACUCAACUCAAUCCUCUUAGCCAUAGGAACAUGCGGUGGCCCUCUAGUAAUGCGUCUAUACUUCAACCAUGGCGGCAACCGUGUAUGGCUCUCAAGCUUCCUCGAAACAUCUGCCUUCCCAAUCAUCCUCAUCCCCUUAACCAUCUCUCACUUCUACAACCGUUACAAUAGCCCUAAUAGAAUUGGAAACAAAAACUUUAUCUCAAUGAAACCACCUUUGUUUUUCGCCUCGGCCGUGAUUGGAGUCCUCACCGGUCUGGACGACUACCUCUACGCCUGCGGGAUAAAGCGUCUCCCGGUGUCGACUUCGUCGUUAAUUCAAUCCUCCCACUUAGCUUUCACUGCGGUUUUCGCGUUUCUUAUAGUGAAGCAUAAGUUUACAGCGUAUUCUGUUAACUCUAUUGUGUUGUUGACUCUUGGGAGUGUGGUUUUGGCUUUGAAUUCUAAGGGUGGUGAUCGGCUUGUUGGGGAGUCGACUAAGGAGUAUGUGAUUGGUUUUGUUAUGAUAUUGGCUUCUGCUGCUUUGUAUGGAUUUGUUUUGCCGUUGAUGGAGUUGGUUUAUCAGAAGAGUAAACAAGUUAUUACUUAUUCUCUUGUUAUGGAGAUUCAGCUUGUUAUGUGCUUCUUUGCUACUUUGUUUUGUGUUGUUGGGAUGUUCAUAGACAAUGAUUUUAAGGUGAUUCCAAGAGAAGCAAGGGAGUUUGCGCUAGGGGAAACAAAGUACUAUAUUGUGUUAGUGUGGAGUGCUAUAAUGUGGCAGUUUUUCUUCUUAGGAGUGAUUGGAGUUAUAUUUUGCUCCUCCUCUUUAUUGUCCGGUGUUAUAAUUGCUGCGUUUCUUCCCAUAACUGAAGUUUUAGCUGUUAUUGUCUACAAAGAGAGUUUUCAAGCAGAGAAAGGGGUUGCGUUGGCGCUUUCUCUUUGGGGCUUCGUGUCUUACUUUUAUGAUGAGAUUAAAGAAGCAAGAAAAAUGAAAAGUAGAGAAACGGAACUACCUCAAAGUCUUCAUUCCAAUUCAUGAUUGCAAGAAAUGUCGUUGUUGUUGUUAUUGAUUGGUUUGGCUUUCUAGUCCAACUUUUGAUUUGUCAAUAUUGUUGGCUAGCUUUGUCCCAAACUUCGUGAUAACCACAAAAUAGGUGAAGCCAUUUUGUCACUCAGGAGUAAGUAGUAGAAGAUAUAUAGUCUAAGUACAUGGAGAAAAUAAUAAGUUUUAUAUUAAUACUAUAAAUACUAAUUAUUAAUAUGUGAUGGAGAAAAAUAUGUUUUAAGGAAAUAGAAACAUAAAAAUAAAAAAUAAUAAUAA